AAUUUCUCUCAUUUCUUGUACCUUUUUAUUCUAUUUUUUUUUUUACAAACAAAUUUAAUAAUAUCAUUUUUCUUUCUUUUUCGUGUUAGAUAUUCUUUCGUUCAUUUCUUUUUCUUUUCCCCCUUCUUCUCGUCUCAUCUGGUUACUUGGUUACUCCCAUACGAUGAAUUGUCAUCGACGCCAUGCUGCUUGGCAACGAUGGCUGUUCACCAUACUCACCUUAUUACCGUUAUCCCAAGCCGAUUCGUUCAAAGAACCAUUGCUUAACUUUGAUACCAUUGGCCAACUUGGUUUUGUGGGCGAUUAUGCGGGUAUUUCCCCAUUCACUGACACGAAUCAGUCGGCCUCAUUUAAUACCACUUAUUCGAAUAUCGUUCUUCAACAACACGGCAUUUACACCCUCUUCGCUACGACGAACGGCGACGUGCACACCACAUGUCAGUUAGUCGACGAUGUGUUUAUCGGAGGAAGCUUCACCGCUGUCAACAAUACUAUCGUAAAUCACAUUGCUCGAUACGACGCUGCAUCGCACACUUUUGUUUCGUUGCAACAAGGUUUAGACGGCCCGGUUCACAGUGUCUACUGCGAUGAAACAAAUCAUGCUGUUUAUGUCGGAGGCGAGUUUAGAGCACCGAUUGGCAUCGAUAAUACUACAGCUCAAAACUUUACUGGAAGUGUGGGCCUUUGGCAGAAUAACCGAUGGGUCAACCUCCCUUGGCAAGGGUUCAACGGUCCUGUUUAUACCAUCACUCGAAAUCCUGCUCAAGAUACCAUCCUUUUCGGUGGUCGUUUCGAAGCGACCGGCGACGGAUUUUAUUAUAAUACCAACAGUAGUCAGCCCGUUAAUCUAGACGCAUCUGCGACGGUUUCAUCCGGUAAUGGCGCAAUGAAUGGCGAUUUUACCGAUCCGCGAAACGUCAUUUGCCAAAAUAAUAGCGGGGCUUCUUCUUCGGCAGACCAGCCUUGGUUGUUACAGGACGGGGUUCCCGGUUAUUGGGAAGCUCAAUUCGCUUAUCCCAUCGAGCCUUCCAUGUUCCGUAUUGCCAAUACCCAUUUACCCGAUCGAGGCACGAAAACAUUCGGUAUUCUCGCUUUGGGGUCCAAUGAAUACUUUCAACUUUCCUACGUCGAUCCUAUCACCCAACAACUCAUGACUUGUACGCAAUCAUGUCCUUUAUCCGAAAAUCCUCAACUUGUCAGUGAGGAAUUCACAGUGACAAAAACGAUGGCCACUCAAGGCAUUCGCAUCAUGAUUGAUGCAUGGUACGGUGCUGGAGGUGGGCUUGGCGGAGUCGAAAUUUUUCAAUCAGAUAUCGCACUGCAUGCCCACAACAGCAACGGCAACUCUUCUUGCAAUUCUGCUGCCGCCUCACGUACCGAUGUCACCGGCCAGUGGGAGGACAAGUUUGCAUAUGGUGCUUACCAAAACUUUUUAACAUCCACUUUCCCGGCUACCCAACUCGCCAGUAACACGGCCUCCAUACGUUACACCCCGUAUGUUCCUGUUCAGGGAAAUUAUGCAGUGUAUGCCAAGACCCCAGGUUGUGUCGGUACAAGCAGUUGUAAUCAGCGCACACAGAUCGAAUUUACCAUGGAAAUGACACCGGGAAAUACGACAACGAUGAUCUUGGAUCAGGCAGUGUAUGAAGAUACGAAAACAUUGAUUUACACUGGCUUGGUGGCGGCCAGUUCGGAAGCAUUUCGACCUUCAUUAACCCUCAAGGUCGCACCAAAUGCUACUCCGCCCGCCAGUGGCACCGUCAGUCUCGUGGCAAAUUCUAUUGAAUUUAUUCGAAAUGGAACAGGUGCUACGCUCGUCAGUAUUCUCGAAUACAGUCCGCACAAUCUCACCAUGAACAUCUCUCCUGCCUGGAGACCCUUGGCAGAUCAACUGAUGGUCGGUUCCGUGGUCAACACCAUUGACGCGUCUCGAGGCAAUGAAAUUUAUUUGGGCGGUCGAUUUUUCAAUCCGAAUGGAACCUUUCGUAAUAUUGCAGCUUUCAACUAUGAUCGAUCGCUUAUUUUACCUUUAAACGACGGAGGACUGAACUCAAAUGUGACCGAUAUUCGCGUGAUGGGGUCAAAUGUUUAUGUGGGUGGGCAAUUCAAUGGGACAGUUACAGGCACUCAAACGGGCAUCAAGUAUGCUGCUGCUUAUGAUUUGACAAGUAACACGUGGUCCGGUCUCGAAGGGGGUCUCGAUGGUCCUGUGACCCAUAUGAUGGUUUCAGCCGAUCAGCGUCAACUUACUUUGGCAGGCACCUUUUCACAUGCUUUAUGGAGUGAUCAGCGUGUGGCUACAGGACCGACGGGAAACGCGAUCUGGGAUUUGUCGCGUCGGCAAUGGACUGAACGCGAUUCCUUGAUUGUCGGUGAAAUAGUAGCGAUGCACGGUAUACUCAAUAAUCGAACCAUGAUCGUCGGUCGUAUCCAAGGAGCACAGACUUUCCGUACCAAUGGCAUCUCCUUAACGGAUGGUCAAAAGCAGUGGCAGCCAUUGAUCUCCAACGAUCGUGACGAUGUGCUGAUCAAUGCCGGCGUGUUUUGGCACAAUAGUUCUCAUCCCAACAAUCAAACUGUCACGAUUAUUGGCGGAAAAUUUCAAACCGACAAUCUAACCAAUUUGGCCAUGUACUACGAUGACGCAUGGCAUGAAUUGGGUCGUUUAGAAGGUGAAAUCUACAGUUUAGCCGUCCUGAAGAAUUACCUCUACAUCGGUGGCCAGUUUAACGGCACUCUCGGUACAAGCCAACCGAAAAGUUUCGCCAUUUACGACUUGGCCACACGCACCAGCGUGGAUGUCAGUGGUAUCUAUGGCGCUGAUGGCAAACCCGGACGUGUGAAUGUCAUUACUUUAAGGAGUGAUGGAAAAGCUUUAUUCAUUGGUGGCAAUUUUUCGUUGGCUGGGUCCUUGGCUUGUGCUGCUGUAUGCACGUUGGAUACCAACACCCGACAAUGGAACAUGGUAGCUCAGGGCAUGACGGGCCAUGUUCGUGAUCUGACAAUUUCAGGAGGUCAAAUGACGGCCGUUGGAGCCCUCACCGUGAACGAUCAGCCCACCUACAUUGCCAAACUUCCAGAUCAAGCAGCCACCUGGAUCAGCUAUUGGCCCCAAACCACUGCAACCUUUGGCGUGCCGACUACCGUUCUCGGAGGUCCUAACCAAGCCGUCAUUGUUGCCGGAAGUAAUGCCAGCAUGGGUUAUUUGGGAUCGUGGGACGGGCAGCAGUUCACCGAUUUGGGAUCCAAUUUUGGCACAGCGACAGAUAUCAGUCAGUUGAUGUAUGUGCCUAUUACCAAAUCGCCAAGCGAUCAACGAUACCCUGCCAACACGGACGACGUGCUAAUGGCGAUUGGAAAGUUGAUGAUUCCUCCUUACGGCAAUGUCAGUGCCGCUUUUUACGAUGGUUCUUCAUGGUAUCCUUAUAUUUUGACAACCCGACUGAACGGUACUGCUGGCCAGAUUCAUCACAUUUUCCACGGCUCUUCCUGUUGUAGCGUGGGCGAUAUUCGACAUUAUCUCCCUGUGCCUGCCGUCAUUUUGAUUUCCAUUGCGAUUUCACUGGGUAUCAUCUUUGUCCUUGUAGGACUUGGAUUGAUUGUGUUGUUUAUCCGGCGUCGCAACGGUGUGGACGAUUACCCAGAACCUUUGCAGCCAUGGAAACAAGGAAUGCAACGGUCAAGUUUGAUGGAGAUGCUGGAUGCGGCUCCGUUAGGCGGAGCUCUUGCCGGAGCGGGCGUUGGAGCUGCAGCGAGUGCCAGCAGAGAAAAACAAAAGGCUGCAUCGAAUGAAAUGGAUCUAUCCGAUAAACGACUGAAUAGAAUGGGACCGGCCGCGGCUGAAAAGAAUGCAGGGGUGUCUUCGUUUGGCGCCAUGAUGGCCGCCGCGCUUACUCAAGGGAACGAUGGUGUGGCCAGCGAAAAAUCUCCUCACUUAUACUAUGCAAAGCAUCCAUUUGAAGCCAAAGAAUAUGGUGAACUAGACCUGAAAGCGGGAGAUGCCAUUGUCGUGACGGAUACAAGUGAUAAUGUAUGGUGGAUGGGUUACAAAGACGAUGGUUCGGGAAAUCCCAUCUCGGGUUUGUUUCCAAGCAACUAUGUGAGAUCACCAUCGCAUCCGUAAAAACACCAUCUCGUGCAUAUCAUUAUUUAUAUCUCUAGUGUAUUCCUUUGCACCUCUUGCAUACAGGCAUGAUACUGAUGAAGGAAAAAUCCGAGGAGAGAUCUCCAGGACCGGUUCCUCCAUCUAUCUUCAUCUUUCUUAUUUCCCCAUUCCUCUCCUUUUUCUAGUGUUUUUUAAUUAAUGCCUUUUUUUUUCCCUUCGUCUUCUUUUCCCGCAUGACAUUCUCAUUUUAUUUGAUACUUCUUUUAUUUAUC